CCAAACAUUUGGCCCAAAUCACACACUCAUUUACUCGCCGCUUCAGCGCUACCCCGUCAACGUCCGCCGUGGCCGCCCCUUCCCCGACCAAUCAUUUCUCUACACAUAUACAUACGCACACGACGCCGGCGCGGGCCUCCCACAUCUCACUCGACUAUCUCAGUUCUUCUUAUCCUCCUUCAACCUCCGUGGAAAUAUAUUUGAGCUUGAAUCCCAACUCCAAACCUUGUGAAAUUAAGAAAGGAGUUUCCAAAACGAACAUGGUUGGCUUGGUGGUUCAGCACCUCAUCCCUUAAGUAUGAGGUCAUGGGUCCGAUCUCUGCCCAUGUGAAUGAAGCAGCCCCUACCGCUAGUGCGCUGACAAACCAUUUGGUCAAUUCCUUAGUGCUUAGUGCGCUGACAGUUGAGAGGUUCACAAACGCUUAAUUCUUUGAAGACGCAGGGGGUCACAAUUAAGAUUCAAAUCCAAGUCCAACACAAAGUUUACACAGGUUCAUACAAAGCAAAAAAGCGUAAAAAUUUCUUACAUCAGUCGUUUAGUCAACGCGCAUUCAGGUGGAAACGACGACUGUGGCGGUGAAGUCGAAUUCGAUUCCAUUUUCCUCGCGUGAUUGUUGAUCGAAAAAAAUUGGAGUGGCGGAGAUGGUGAAAGAGACCGAAUACUAUGAUGUGUUGGGUGUGAGCCCCACGGCCUCUGAAGCCGAGAUUAAGAAGGCCUACUAUGUGAAGGCUAGGCAAGUUCAUCCAGACAAAAACCCAAAUGAUCCUAAUGCAGCACAUAAGUUUCAGAUUUUGGGUGAAGCUUAUCAAGUUCUGAGUGACCCAUCACAGAGACAAGCCUAUGAUGCUCAUGGGAAAUCAGGAAUUUCUACGGAUUCAAUUAUCGAUCCUGCUGCAAUUUUUGCUAUGCUGUUUGGAAGCGAGCUUUUUGAGGAGUACAUUGGCCAGCUUGCCAUGGCAUCGAUGGCUUCUAUGGAUGUUUUCACAGAAGGAGAAGAGUUUGAUACUAAAAAGUUGCAGGAAAAAAUGCGGAGUAUCCAAAAGGAAAGGGAAGAGAAGCUUGCUGGCAUACUUAAAGAUAGACUCAACGUGUAUGUCCAAGGCAAUAAAGAGGAGUUCAUCCACCAUGCUCAGGCUGAAGUGUCGAGGCUCUCUAACGCUGCUUAUGGCGUGGGUAUGCUGACAACUAUAGGCUAUGUAUAUGCAAGGCAGGCAGCAAAAGAACUUGGAAAGAAGGUGAUGUACCUUGGUGUACCAUUUGUUGCCGAGUGGUUACGCAAUAAAGGACACUUUAUCAAAUCCCAAGUAACAGCUGCAGCAGGUGCGAUUAAUUUAAUUCAGCUGCAAGAAGAAAUGAAAAAACAGCUCAGUGCUGAAGGAAAUUACACGGAGGAAGAACUUGAGGAAUACAUGCAAUCGCACAAGAAGUUAAUGAUCGACUCACUCUGGAAGCUUAAUGUGGCUGAUAUAGAAGCAACCCUUUCUCGUGUUUGCCAAAUGGUUCUACAAGAAAACAAUGCCAAGAAAGAGGACCUCCGUAUGCGUGCAAAGGGUUUGAAAACUCUUGGCAAGAUAUUCCAGGGGGUGAAAUCAGCUAAUAGUAGUAGUAACAGCAUACCAACAGAUCCUACAAGUCACAAACUGAAUGGAAGCGAACCAAAUCUUAGCAAUGCUCCUUCAAGCACAUCUGCUAGAUCAGUAAACAAUGAUAAUGUCUAUUUAAAUGCGAGCCCGUAUGUGGAGGCUCCUCAGAUUGCCGGAGGUAACUUUCCGAUGCCAGCUGCACCACCUGGUGCUCAGAGACAACCAUAAAGCAUGCAUCAAGGAUUGGGAGAGCAUUUGUUGUUGUAUUAUUGUGGUAUGUGUUUGCCAGCCGAGUGAUCAACUAGUGUAUAUCAUUAUUAUUCAUCAUUACAGCAUGUAUAGUGAUAUCAUGUACCAAACUUUGUGAUUGUUUUAUGUAUUUAUCCAAAACCAUGACUGUUUAGUCAUGAUCCACAUUCUGCUGAUAAGUUUGUACUGUGGUUUUUUACCUAUUUUCUUCUCUUGUAACAACUCAGGCAGAGUACAUUAGUAGAAACAUUAUGUUCUUUUGAA